AUGGCAAUAGAUAUAAUAAGAGACUUCCUCCGUCUACCCUCCUCCCUCCAACUACCAUUCCGUCGAAAAUCCUGCGAUUUACCACCAGACCUCGCUCCUUGCAACUACGGCUGCUGUCGUCCCAACGAAGCUUUCUUUGUAAACUCCGCUACAUCAUCUAGAGAGUCUUCUUCUACAUUAUCAGAUUCAUCUUCAAGAAGAGGGAGAAGAGCUAGUACAUCACGGAGUACUCCGUCCCCUCAGCCUACCACCACCGCCGCCUCCGGCUCCAGCUCCAGCACCACGGGAGGAAUAGUAAUUUCCUCCUAUUCAGCCCCAGUCCAAGUACCCAUUCUUUCCAUCCCAAAACCACGAAAACGUAGCGCCAGCCAAACCCGUCGGGAUAUCGCGUUACGUCCCAAAUCCAGCCGUCAAUCCAUGGGAUCGAAGAAGUCCAAGAUGACACUAGUAGAGAUUUUCCAAAGUCAGGGGUGUUCCAGCUGCCCGCCUGCGAACUCGAAUGUUAUCGAGCUCAUGAAUAAUUAUCCGAGUAUUUUGGUGUUGACUUAUGAGGUUACUUAUUGGGAUUAUUUGGGGUGGAAGGAUGUUUUUGGGAAUAAGGAGUUUGAUAGACGACAGAGGGAUUAUGCGGGGGCGUUGGGAAAUGAGACGGUUUUUACGCCGCAAGUUAUUGUAAAUGGCCGCGCAGAUGGCGUCGGUAAUACCUUCAAAGACCUCAACAAAAUCGUCAGCCAAGGCGUCAUGGCCGCAGCAAACGAAGACACAGUCAGAGUCGACACGGAAAGCAAUGCAAUCCUUGUCUCCGGCGGAGACGCAGAUGAAGUUGCAGACGUUCAUUUGGUCAGGUAUAUGCCCAACCCACCCGACGUUGACAUCAGACGUGGGGAAAACGCGGGGAGGUGCUUGCCUCAUAGGAAUGUUGUGGUUGAUAUUAAGAAGAUCGGGGAGUGGAGGGGUGGUAGUACGGUUUUUAAUAUUGGGGAUGAGAAGCAAGAGGGGAUCGAGAGGGCGGUUUUGGUGCAGAAGGGACGAGGAGGGGCGGUGAUUGGGGUUGCUAAGUUGGAGUAG